AUGGUUACACUGUAAUUUGGAAAAUUUCUUAGCAUCUCCUGCAGCAGUCGGGAAAAGUGGGAAAAGCAGAGCAAAACUGAAGUUGGAGCGGGGCUCGGGGGUGCCGGGCUGCGCUCCCGGGCGAUGCCGGAUCCCCGCACAGGCGGCCCCGGGCCCCGCUCCCGCCGGGUGGCGCCGCCGCGCCGCUCCCGCCGCUUCCCCCUCGGCCGGGAGCCCUUCAGCCGGGAACCCAGCCCGCCGGGAGCCCCUCGGCGGGGCCGGGCAGAGCUACCCCUCAGCUGAGAACCCAGCCCGCCAGGAAAACUCCUCUGCCAGGAACCCAGCCGGCCAGGGACCCUUCCGCCAGGAGCCCCUCCGCGGGGCCGAGCAGCGCAGCCCCUCAGCCGGGAACCCAGCCCGCCAGGAAAACCCCUCAGCCGGGCACCCAACCAGCCAGGAAAACCCCUCUGCCAGGAGCCCUUCCGCCAGGAACCCUUCCGCGGGGCCGGGCAGCGCAGCCCCUCUGCCCGGAACCCAACCCGCCAGGAGCCUGUCUGCCAGGAUCCCCUCCACCGGGAACCCCCUCAGCCGGCAGCGCGCCCGUGGGGCCGCGGCCGAGCCCGCCGCGGGAGCUGCGCCGCCGUGUGCGCGUCUGGAGCUCCCCCCGCGCCGCCCCCUCCGCGCUUCCCCGGCCGCGCUGCCAGCGGCGGGGGAGGCAGCUGUGCGGGCAGGGCGAGGGAGGGGAGGAAGGGGCAGGAGGGAGGGGGGAAGGCGGAGACGGGGCCAGCCCGAGGAAAUCAAACGGCCCCGACAUGAAUUAGGCAGCGGCUGCGGAGGGGAGGGCCCCCUCCCCCGCUCGCUGGCUGGCCCCGCACGGCGCCGGCGGGAGCAGCGCCGCCCCGCUCGGAGCGGCGGCUCGGGGCGCGCACGCACACACGGACCGGCGGCGGGAGGGCGGGGGGGCCGGCAGAUGAAGAUGGCAAUGUCUGUGAUCCAAGCGUGCCGCAGCCUGGCGCUCUCAACAUGGCUGCUGUCCUUUUGUUUCGUGCAUCUGCUGUGCCUGGACUUCACCGUGGCCGAGAAGGAGGAGUGGUACACGGCCUUCGUCAACAUCACCUACGCCGACCCGGCGGCCGGCAGCGCCGAGCUCCGCAGCGAGAAGAGCGAGUGCGGGCGCUACGGCGAGCAGUCGCCCAAACAGGACGCCCGCGGGCAGGUGGUCUCCGCCUCGCCCGCCGACAUCUACGCCUGCGACCCCGGCACCCGCUUCAACGCCCCGGCGCCGGGCAAGAGCUGGGUGGCCCUGAUCCCGCGGGGAAACUGCACCUACAAGGACAAGAUCCGCCACGCCGCCGCCCAGAACGCCUCCGCCGUCGUCAUCUAUAACAUGGGCUCCAGCAACGCCAACGAGACCAUCACCAUGCCCCACGCAGGCUUAGAAGAUGUUGUAGCAAUAAUGAUUCCCGAACCCAAAGGAAAAGAGAUAGUGAGCCUCCUGCAGAGGAACAUCACUGUGAUGAUGUACAUCACCAUCGGGACACGCAACCUGCAGAAGUACGUCAGCAGGACCUCGGUGGUGUUCGUGUCCAUCUCCUUCAUCGUGCUGAUGAUCAUCUCCUUGGCGUGGCUGGUCUUCUACUACAUCCAGAGAUUCCGCUACGCCAAUGCCAGAGACAGAAAUCAGCGCCGGCUUGGAGAUGCUGCGAAGAAAGCAAUCAGCAAGCUGCAAGUCAGGACGAUCAGGAAAGGUGACAAGGAGACUGAGCCAGACUUUGAUAACUGUGCUGUUUGUAUCGAAGGCUACAAGCCCAAUGAUGUUGUCAGGAUAUUGCCUUGCAGGCAUCUUUUCCACAAGUCCUGUGUAGACCCCUGGCUGCUGGACCAUCGUACCUGCCCGAUGUGUAAAAUGAAUAUUCUGAAAGCCCUAGGCAUUCCGCCCAACGCAGACUGCAUGGAUGACAUCCCUCCAGACCUGGACGCGUCCAUAGGAGGGCCCCCCACCAACCAGAUCACGGGCGCCAGCGACACCACGGUGAACGAGAGCUCGGUGGCGCUGGACGCGCCCGCCCGCGCCGGCGCCGCGCUGCACCUCAGCCAGGACGGGGACUCCUUCCCCCAGCCCGCCGAGGGCAACCUCAGCACCAGCAAUGAACAGGAGCCAGCAGUGAGCAGUGAUUCAGAUAUUUCACUGAUCAUGGCAAUGGAGGUCGGACUGUCCGACGUGGAGCUUUCCACCGACCAGGACUGCGAAGAGGUGAAAUCUUGAAAAACAGAGACCCACCACGAAACUCCAGGGGAGGGUCACAGGUAGGGACCGAGCCAGCUUUGUAGGAUUUGGACCAGUCAUGCACACGCCUCCAGAGCACUGUCACUCCUGCACACUCCAUCCUGGGACGGUCAUGAAAAGCAAUAGCAGCUGCUGUGUCUGCCUGGAUGCGGUUUCAUCGUCUGCACACCUUCGUUCGCUUCUCACGGGAGAUGGACGCUGCCACUUCACCCACGUGCUUGAGAGCCAGAAUGGAACUCUCCAGGGGCUCGUAAACAUGCAACUGAAAUGACAGCUUGAGUGUUUUCUACACUUGUUCAAUCCAAGUUUCGUUGGGUUUAUUUUUUGAAAAGGCGUUUGUUUAUUUUAUUUGUUUGUUUGUUUAUAGUUCGUUAUGGAUGGACACUCUGUUUUUAUUGACUGACCCCAGCUUUUUCAAGAGCUCAGUCCAGAAAUCUGAAUUCCCGUUCACUGGGCACUUCAUGAUCUGGCCAGGAUUUAUCAUUGCCUUGUUGUUUCUGCAUGAAUUACGUGUGGCUGGCUUCAGAAGGAUGAUGCACCAGCACCCUGCGUUAAUGUAACACCGGCUUUCAUUAAGUGGAAGGCUUGGAAAUGGUAUAUCCUGAAGGCUUUAAUUGUAAGGGAGCUCUGAAUUAGCAGAAUUUGGGUUAAAAUGACAUUAGUUUGUCUUUUACUUAGAGCUCUGUUCUAGACAAGUACUGUACAGUGUGAAGGAAAGAAAGAAAAGCUUAAAAGCCUCA